UUGGUUUCUUCGCUUAUGGUUUGGCGUUUUGGGGCACAGUUACUCUGCAAACUUCCAAGCGUACGGUUGUCGAGAAAAGUCGGUCGCGUUUGCGUUUCUCUUUCUCCUCAAUUUUCAGCACUCUUCUCGCACACACAGACAGGAAAAAGGAGGCGAAGGGAGAGGCGUGGGAGUGAUAGUGGGAGAGACAACCAGCCGACUUUCGCUCGAAUUUUCUCGUAUUCCUGUGUACAUUUGUUAUUGUAUUACCGUAUAUAUCCCACUGUAUACCGUGCGACUGCCACUGCUGCUACUGCUACUGGUGCUGCUGCUGUUUGUGUGUGUGUGUCUGUGUAUUUUUUUUCUACGAAUUUCACUUCCCCCCCGCCUGAGGAAUACAUUAAAAGCUGAAUAUAUACGCUGCAUAGGUGUAUAUUUCAUACAUAAAUCGAGAGCCGAUUAAAAGGAAAAACCAAAGAUGUCCGACAACUGCCCCAAGUGCAAAAAAUCAAUUGGAGCGAAGGACGCGGCGUCCACGAGCAUCGGUUGCAGUGGCGAUGACUGCCGCAGGAGGUUCCACCGCACGUGCGUCAACAUCGACGACGCCUUGUUCGAAGCCAUCCAGAAGAACCCGAUGGUCUCGUUCCACUGCGACGAGUGCAAAAAUCAAUCGCCUCGUGCCCUCGCCACCAAGCUGCAGACCAUCGAGGAGAAGGUGAACAAGGUGUGCAACGGGGUCAACCAGAUCCAGGGACGGAUGUACCAGCAGUACUUCCAGUUCGGCAACCAGCCCCUCCAGGCGCUCGGUGUUGGAUCUGGCGGUGUUGCCGGUGGCGGUGGCACCGGUCUCGAUGGCAAGAAACACCCCCAGCAGAACAAUCUCAUCGUCGUCGGCAACAAUUGCAACUCGGACCGGCUGCAAGUGGUCUGCGAUUAUGGGCGGUGGGUGCAGGUGGGCAAAUUCGCCACCAAUACCAGCGAGGAGGAUGUCGUCGAUCAUCUGGCCGAGGAGCUGAAGAUCAACAAGAAUCUGGUCAAGUGCACCAAGCUGGUGAAGAAUGACGCCAAUCUGUCCCAGUUGUCGUACUGCAAGUUCAAGAUCUCCAUACCGGACUACCGCUUCAAUGAGCUCUUCAACGAGGCGAUCUGGCCCAGCGGUGUGAUGGUCUCACCCUUCACCCCGCGCUCCCAGCUGAAUCAGAACCGCCUCUAGAGGGACGGGCCCGGCGGCCGGGAGAACGGUGACCGGGCCAGGGUGAAACAGUAAGGAGGGGGAGCAGCCGGAGAAUAAGUGCCCAAAGCGAGAGACGAGCGCCUGCGCGGGAAGAGGAGAGGAGAGCAACUGCAUCGAGUAGGGUUGCUAUCCGGUUUAUUUAAGAACAAAAAUGAAGCAAAAAAAAAAUAAAAUAAAGCAACUAAACUGCCCCCAGCGCAUCCAAAAACAACACUCUCACUUUGGGCCCAGUGGAGAACGGCGGUGUCUUGGGAGGGACGGGGAUAUGGGGGCUAAGUUUCAUAUGACAGCCCGACAUCCCUCCAAGAAACAUUGUAUGGAAAUUUUGGGCACUCGAAAAACAUUGUCUAGAUCUUUAAAAGCUUACAGAAAACCUAACUAAUGGAAAAACUACAAGCAUAUUUAUUGAAUUAACUUUGAAAAUGCAUUUUAAAAUGUUUUAGCGUUGCGUAAAAAUAACGAAAAUGAAAUCGAUAAACAAAACCAAAAGUAUUUUAAUGGCAAAACUCACAAUUUAAAAUAGAUGUGAAGCAAAAAAUAUUAGUCAUUUAUGCAUAACUGUCGUACUUAAUGAAUUAAAGUAAACUGAAAACAAAAACUAAGCGUAUUUAACAAACAAAAAAAAAAACACACAACAAAUUAAACACACACACCGAAGAGAUUGAAAUUGAUUAUUUAGGCGCGUAUUUAAAU